GGCUGGCCAGCCACCCUCCUCCAGUUUUCAGACCUCAAAGAGUCACCACGAAAUUCCAUUCUCCUGACAGCAAAGAAAUAGAAUCACUCUUGCGAAGGCCUGCAGCCCCCACAAGAAAGCUGUAGGCUUUGUCCUACUGUUCCCCAAACAGCGGCCACAGCUAGGUUCCCCAUUCACCCAUGCCUGGCUGCAGGGAUCCCUUCGGUACAGAUGCUCCCGCUCCGAGCCUCAGCUUGCACUUUGUACAAUGGGUGCGUUGCACCCAGUGCCUGGCAUUUGAAAGCCACAGUGGCCAGCCAGCCAGGAGCAUGAGGGCCUGGGGUUCGAGGGCUUGAGCGAAUCCUACCCUCUGAUUUAAAGGACUCUGCCAGGUGGUUGUAGGUAGAAUGGCUACUCCCUGUUCCCUCUUGGCAGUCUGCAGAAUGUUUGGCUCCCAGGGGUGGUCACUGACUCUCCUUGCCCUUGAGUUGAAUUCCAAGUCCAGGACACAGAUUUUGCAGCCAGGCAUCCUUGGGCAGUUGGGGAAUAAGGAAGGCUGUAGAAGCAGCAAGAAACAGGGCUGGACUCCCAAAAACUGUGUGGACACUGGGUUAAGACUUUGAAUCUACUUGCGAGGGGAAGCUAUGGACUUGAUCUUUCUGAGCACAGCGAACUGGAGAGGGGUGGAUAUAACCAGAGCUGCUUGCUACCGCAUGGAGAAUAAAUAGGGCAGGCAGGUUGGGAACAGGGAGAUCAGGGUACAGGAUGCCAAGUGGUCCAGGAGAGAGAUGACUGGGUGGAGGACGCUCGGACUCCAAAUGGUCAGGAAGCAGACAGGUGGGGAUUGGUGGUGGGGCUGAGGACGUGGGGGCAAAGACACUGAGGCUGAGGCUGGCGCUGGGCUGGCUCCUGGGGAGUCCUCCCCCAAGGCACUGCAGUUAUGGGAGUCUCCAGGGUUGGAGUCAGGCUGAUGGGGAGGAGUUUAUGGCAGGAGGUGAGGCCAUGGGAGACUUGUCACUUGGGCACAGCUAGCACCAUCUGCUCACAGGCAUUUGCCUGCCUGAGGUGGUGUCUGCUAAUUACCUGGGACCCUCCGGAAGAGGCCUGGGAACCCUUGCCCCCACCUUACCCUAACACUGAGGGGCUGGGGGCCUCCACAGCAAAUGGGCCAGAGCCUCUCCGUGGGGGUAGGAGGGGGUGGUGGGCCAGAUGUCUAUUAAGGAAGUCUUUGUAGAGCUCUACUAUGGUCCAGGGCCGUCCCAGACCUCUCAGGCCAGGAUUCGAGGAGGUCGCGCUGUCCUGCCUCUUUGACAUGCAGAGGAGGGCCCAUAACGCAGAAAAGGGAUGAGUCUGGACAUAAAGGGGCCAGCGGGCAGAACUGGUGGGGACCCAACCCUGGGAGGGAUGGUGGGUGCACCGGGCCUCCUUAGUGCGGGCACAGGACCUCGGCGCAGCAGAGCAAAGAGCCACCCCCAGCUGCUCUCCCGGAAGACGCUCAGAGAAGGGGGCUCAGACCCUGUGCCCGCUCCGGGGAACCCCGGGCCACUUCCGGCCCGUAGCCCCUCACCCUCCCUCCAGGCGCGCAUUCCUGCCGCCUCCGCUCGUGCAGGGGGUCGGACCGGCCCGUGGGAAGGGCUGGGGUUGGGGCCGCGUGCCGGGAAGGCGGGGCGGAGCGGCGCACAGCUGGGUCACAUCUGGCCGCAGAGCGGAGGGACCAAAUGGGACCGCAGGCGGCCUUUCAUCCCGCAAGGGAUGGGGCGGCCUUAGUUUCUCCUCGCCACUGGGCGCUUAAGGACUUCGGGGGAUGUCUCCCAUAGCCAGGCCCAAGGAAGUAGUUAGCCGGGAGAAGGGUUGAGGUUGGUACAGGUGUUCUCGCUGGAACGAGGGGACGAUCCAGAGGCGGCUUCUGUCUGUCCAGUCGCCUUGUCCCCAGAGGAGGAAGCUGGGCUCGGGAGGGAAGUCAGGACAUCCCCUGCGGGCGCCCGAGCCAGAGCUGAGUCCAGGCACCCAGGCCCAAGCGCGGAGGGCGCGCCCUUGCGCGUGCCGGACGCCGAGUGCAGCCCAGGCCCGCGCUGGUCAGCCUAGGUGUCCCCUUUUGGCGCAUCCGGCACGGGCCGACCCAAGCCCCAAGCACCCCUCCCACCCCGAGGGGCUCGCGGAGAUGACCCUGGUCAGGGCGGGGCGUGCACGUGUGCCGGGGGGAGGGGCGACCAUGGUUCCCAGACCCCCGCCGCGGACCCACGUGGGUGCUUCCCCGCCCCUUGAGGACCAGAGCCAAUCGGCAUGAGGGGGCGUGGCCUGGAGCGGGGGUUUAAGAGCGUCAGACUCUGGUGGCGCGAGGUUAGACGGCGCAGGACCCAGAACCCGGGUACUGUGUUGUGCCGGCCGCGCCCACCAUGCUCAAGCGCUGCGGCCGGCGCCUACUGCUAGGGCUAGCGGGCGCGCUGCUCGCUUGCCUUCUAGUGCUCACGGCUGACCCGCCACCGCCUCCUGUGCCCGCCGAGCGCGGCCGGCGCGCGCUGCACAGCUUGGUGCCCCCAGCUCCUGGUUUGGGGGCGGCAGCAGCGCCUCGAGUGCUCGCCCGCGAGGUGCAUAGCCUGUCCGAGUACUUCAGCCUGCUGACUCGCGCGCGCAGGGAGACGGGCCCUCUGCCCGGUGGCGCCCCCCGUCCUGCCGAAGGCCACCCGCGGACCCUGGCCGAGCCGCUGGUUCCCCGCGAUGUCUUCAUCGCUGUCAAGACCACCAGGAAGUUUCACCGCGCGCGCCUAGACCUGUUGCUGGAGACCUGGAUCUCGCGCCACAAGGAGAUGACAUUCAUCUUCACGGACGGGGAGGAUGAAGUGUUGGCCAGGCACACGGGCAACGUGAUCAACACCAACUGCUCAGCUGCCCACAGCCGCCAGGCGCUGUCCUGCAAGAUGGCUGUGGAGUAUGACCACUUCAUUGAGUCCGGGAGGAAAUGGUUCUGCCAUGUGGACGAUGACAACUAUGUCAACUUGCGGGCCCUGCUGCGGCUGCUGGCCAGCUACCCGCACACCCAGGACAUCUACAUCGGCAAGCCCAGCCUGGACCGGCCCAUCCAGGCCACCGAGCGCGUCAGCGAGAACAGGGUGCGUCCUGUCCACUUCUGGUUUGCCACUGGUGGGGCUGGCUUCUGCAUCAGCCGAGGGCUGGCGCUGAAAAUGAGCCCGUGGGCCAGCGGUGGCCACUUCAUGAGCACUGCAGAGCGCAUCCGGCUGCCAGACGACUGCACUGUGGGCUACAUUGUAGAAGCUCUGCUGGGCGUGCCCCUCAUCCGCAGUGGCCUCUUCCACUCGCACCUGGAGAACCUGCAACAGGUGCCUGCCUCCGAGCUCCACGAGCAGGUGACCCUGAGCUAUGGCAUGUUUGAAAACAAGCGGAAUGCUGUCCAUGUGAAGGGCCCCUUCUCGGUGGAGGCUGACCCAUCCAGGUUCCGCUCCAUCCACUGCCACCUGUACCCGGACACACCCUGGUGUCCCCGCACCGCCAUCUUCUAGCAGCCAUGGCUGAGAUCCCUGUCCCUGGGUGCCCCUGGUAUCCAAAGGGCCCAGGGACCCCUGUUGUGCUGCCCUGGCCUUGGCCCUAAGGCUCCCCCAGGGCCCUGUGUGUAUGUCACUUGCCCACUGGGCAGCGGGCUGCUGGGCAGUUCCGCUCCUCCAGGAGCUGGCAGGAGGACCCCACACCCUGUGGUCCCUCUGUAGGCAGCUCUCUGUUGUUUUAAGUUUUGGAUCUCUGUUGCUCAGGGCCUCUCUGCAGGGAUGUGGGUGCCCCUCUGUGCCCCUGGAGCCCUGAGCUUGGGGCAGGGGAAGCUGGUUUGGGGGUGAGAGACCUGUGCCCCUCCUCCUGGGACUUCUGGCACCGUGUGUGGCUCUGAGUAACAGUAGCCGCCGCCCCAUCCCAGUGAUCCCAGGAUUCCCCAGUGGUUGUGCAGCUAGUGAACAACCCUCUUGGGUUGGGGGUUUUCCCAGCCCCCUAGAUCCUGCCUUUGUCUCCCCCCGACUGGGGGAGUCAGAGCUGAGCAUUUUAUCUCCUCUCCAAAGUAGAGAGAAUGUCGCCCACAGUGGGUGUGUCUGUAAAUAUUGUGACAGUAUUUUUUUACUGUGCUGUUUUUGAAAGGGGGUGGGUAAAAAGGGGGGGUUGUGUGUUGUUUUCAGGGGUGGGUGGGGAGGGUCUUAUUUUAUGUUUUCUGUGGAUCAGAAAAAGCAGAAGCCAAACUUGGGAUCCCGUUUGUUUGCAAAGCUGACCUGGGAAUGUCUAACCUGCUCUGUAUUUAUGUGUUCCAGUAUCUGGAAUCCCUUUCUCUUCCUGCCUCCAGACCACCUGGCUCAGUGUGGCUCACCUGGUCUGCGGGGUGUGUCCUGUAUUCUGUGUUCUCUUUGCAAAGACAUAGCUAGGAAAGCGGAUCAUAAGGGAGAAACUCUCAGGGAAUUGGAGUAUUGUUGCUAUGGUGACGCCCUUUUGCUGUGAAUAAAGGUGCUCUUUGCAGCAA